GCUGUUUCGGAGUUCCAAAGCAUGCUUCCUAAACCUCCUCUCGACAGUCCAUACACUUCCUGCUACUGCGAGGAGAACAUAUAUUUCCUUGUACAUCGGUUUCUGGAACAAGCACAGGUGAAGGCUACAUGGGACAUUUUUGCUGUCUUCAUAUCGAACGCGACCAAAACGGUUGCCCUAUGGGGUCAACAAAAGGCACCCGCUGCAAGCAUCGCAGUUAUUUGGGACUAUCAUGUCAUCUUGGUUCUACGCAGCCGGUCGGGGUCUCAGUAUCGGUUGCUCAAUACUUCGCCGAGCCUCAUUGGAGAAGAAACUUGGAUCUACGAUUUCGAUUCUAACUUAGAAAUCCCCAGUCGUUGGGAAGAGUAUGUUGAGCAGACCUUCCCACCAGAAUCAGACAUCCCACCGCAGUAUCGGAGUCUUUUCAGGGUCGUAUCUGGAGAAGAGUACUGGGGUUCUUUUGCAUCGGAUAGAUCUCAUAUGUUAUCCCCCACCGCCGACUCAUCAUCACCCGAGUAUAUUUCUCCACCGCCUCCUUACCCUAUCAUUUGUGGACCCCUAGCCGCCGCGCACGGUUUCACCAAUAACCUCAUGACACAUUUUGUUUCAAUGGAAUCAACAUCUCAAGGAUAUGGGACAGUGAUGAACCGAGAGGCGCUCGUUAGUUGGUGUUCACAGUAGUGUACAUAGUGUAUUGCCGUGACGUGUGACGUGCGGCGUGACUUGGUUCCCCAAUACCGACGUUCUCGUGCCACACGAACAAGUACCCUUUGCUCA